CAACACCAAUGGGAUAACCAUUCCUCUGCAAGCAUCUGAGACCCUCUUCAUAUCUCACACAAAAUCAUAAGAAUCAAUUUUCUAAAUUGUUCUUAUCAUGGAACUUGCAAUUGUACCAGUCGAUUCAAGUUUCAAAGAUAAUCAAACCCUAUAUGAAGAGUGGUUCAAUUUUGCAGAUGCAGAUGGAGAUGGUCGUUUCACAGGAACCGAAGCCCUCAAGUUUUUUGCUUUCUCAAACUUGUCACGACAAGAACUGAAACAGGUAUGGGCCGUUGCAGAUUCAAAACGAGAAGGAUAUUUAGGUUUUAGAGAAUUUGUGAUUGCUAUGCAGCUUGUCUCUUUAGCACAAAGUGGAUACCCAAUAACACAAGAUGUAGUAAAUAGUGAUGCUAUGAGAUAUGUAAAACCACCCACAAUGGAAGGGUUAGAUGCAUUAGUUGCAAAGAAAAGGCGAAAAAAUAAAGAUAAAGAAUUGAGUGUUAUUCCUCAACCAUCAGCUGCAAGUAAUUGGUUUUCUGCCAAGUCAGUAAAAAAGGUUCCUGCUUCUUCAGUAACAUCAGUCAUAGAUGGUUUGAAGAGACUUUACCUUCAAAAGUUGAAGCCUUUAGAAGCUACUUAUCGCUAUAAUGAUUUUGUAUCUCCUGCAUUGACAAAUAGUGACUUUGAUGCCAAACCUAUGAUUCUACUUUUGGGUCAAUAUUCCACUGGAAAAACAACAUUCAUUAAACAUAUGCUAAGAACUAAUUACCCAGGAUCUCAUAUCGGACCAGAGCCAACAACCGAUAGGUUUGUUGUUGUUAUGUCUGGACCUGAUGAAAGAAGCAUUCCUGGCAACACUGUGGCUGUCCAAGCAGACAUGCCAUUCAGUGGUCUUACCACAUUUGGGACAUCAUUUUUGUCCAAAUUUGAGUGUUCUCAAAUGCCUCAUCCUUUAUUGGACUACAUCACAUUUGUUGAUAGCCCUGGAGUUUUAUCUGGAGAAAAACAAAGGACACAAAGACAAUAUGACUUUACUGGUGUAACAUCAUGGUUUGCUGCUAAAUGUGACUUGAUACUUCUUUUGUUUGAUCCUCACAAACUUGACGUUAGUGAUGAGUUCAAACGUGUGAUAUCAUCCCUACGAGGAAAUGAUGACAAAAUUCGAGUGGUCUUAAAUAAGGCAGACCAAGUUGAUCCUCAACAACUAAUGAGAAUAUAUGGUGCAUUAAUGUGGUCACUUGGGAAAGUAUUGAAUGUUCCUGAAGUCAUGCGUGUAUAUAUUGGUUCAUUCAACGAUCAAGAUACGCAUAAUUCUAUCAGUGGUCCACUUGGGAAUGAAUUGUUCCAGAAAGAACAAAAUGACCUUCUAUGUGAUCUAAAAGAUAUACCAAAGAAGGCUUGUGAUCGUAAAAUCAAUGAAUUUGUAAAACGAGCUAGGUCUGCUGUGAUACAUGCUUACAUUGUUAGCCAUUUAAAGAAGCAAAUGCCUUCAAUGAUAGGAAAAGCUAAAGCUCAACAAAGGCUAAUUGAUAAUUUGGAAGAUGAAUUUGUAAAGGUACAAAGGGAGUUUCAUCUACCAGCUGGUGAUUUUCCAGAUGUUGAACAAUUUAGAGAGACUUUGAAGGGUUACAACAUUGACAAGUUUGAGAGAUUGAAUAAAAAAUUGAUUCAAACAGUGGAAGAUAUGCUUGCUUAUGAUAUUCCUAACCUCUUGAAGACAUUCAGAAAUCCAUAUGGUUGAUGAGGGGACAAAAUAAUUUAAACAAAUAUGUGCAGGCCAAUCUUUAUGUAUAUAUAUGAUGCAUAUUAAUAUUCAAAUUAAUAUUAAUAUGCUUUACAAUUUUUGAAAAAAAUAAAUAUUAUACAAUGGCUUCACCAACACACUUGCAUAGAUGCAAGUUUGUAAAAGAUGUACUAACAUGAUGAUUUUAAUGAG